AUGUCCAAAGCACUAAGCAUCGACUACAUCGUAGUCGACGUAAGCUCUGCAUACAACGCCCUCCUAGGUCGGACAACGUUAAAUCAGCUCACCGCAGUAGUCUCUACUCCACACCUAUGCAUGAAAUUCCCAAUCCCGGAAGGGAUAGCCACCAUAAAAGGAGACCAAAAACUUUCACGACGUUGUUACAACGAAAGUCUGAAUCUUAAAGGCAACUCCAUAGGAAAAGAAACUAACACUAUAGAACUCGGGGGAACCCAAGCUCGCGAAAAACUUCGCCCUCAACCGGAAGGCGAGACUAAAGAAGUUCAAGUCGGAGAUACUCAAGAUAAAAUAACAAACAUAGGGGUAAACCUAAAAGGAAACCUAAAGGAGCUGCUGAUAAAUUUCCUAAGGGAGAAUUCCGACUUAUUUGCAUGGAAGGCCGCAGACAUACCCGGCAUUGAUCCCGGACUAAUUUGCCUUAAACUAGCAGUGUACCCUGGAUCUCGGCCAGUGCAACAGAAAUGCAGAAAGCUCGGCCCGGAGAGAUCGCAAGCCGUGGAAGAAUUGGUGCAGGCCUUACUAGAGGCAGGGUUUAUAAGGGAGUUUAAGUACCCAUUAUGGCUGGCCAAUGUCGUACUGGUCAAAAAGUCAAAUGGAAGGUGGCAGAUGUGCACUGAUUACACCGACCUCAAGAAAGCCUGCCCAAAAGAUCCAUAUUCACUCCCGAAUAUAGACACCCUAGUCGACGCCUCGUCGGGAUACAAGUACCUUUCCUUCAUGGACGCUUACUUGGGGUACAACUGA